AUGGCCCCUAAACCAUCCAUUCGUUUUGAAGACUUGGGACUCUCAACACCUCUGCCACAUGUGUUAUCGACUACUCGAGAACAAAAAAAGAAGGAGAAACAUGAAAUUAAGAAAGAAAGAAAUGCACGAUUAAGAGAGGCUGAAGAACAACUCUCACUUGCUAAAAAGAAAGUAAUACAGCAUAAAACAUUUGUUGAAACUGAGGCAGCUAUCCAAAAGAAAGAAAAAGCUGAGAGAAAGAAGGCAAUUUCUGAAAAACAACAAUGCACACGUCAGGAACGAGAAUUACAAGAAAAUAUUAAGAAGCGUGAAUCAAUAAUUGCUCAACAAAACUAUAUCACAAAAUUAACAGAGGAUCGUUUAGCAGAAGAAAAACGAAAACAAGAAAUCCAGGAGGUUAUUAAUAAAAAUACCGAAGAACUUGUAAAGUUAGUUCCAAAAAAUGUCUGUAUUCAAGUUAAUCGUUCUUCUGAUGUGGAAAAUACGAGAAAAGAACUUCCAGUCCUUAGAGAAGAACAAUCAAUUGUUGAAGCUAUUAAUAAUUCUUCUCGAACUUGUGUUCUUAUUUGUGGUGAGACUGGAAGUGGAAAAACAACACAAGUUCCACAGUUUUUGUGGGAAUGUGGAUAUGGAGAUAUUAAAGGUUCAUCUUUUGCAAGAGAAGGAGCUAUUCUUGUUACGGAACCAAGAAGAGUUGCUGCUGUUUCAAUGGCUAAACGAGUAGCAGAAGAAUUAAAUACUUCAUUUGGAGGAAAAGUAUGUUAUCAUGUCCGCUACGAUAAUAAUCUUUCUGAAAACUUUAAACUAAAAUUUGCAACUGAAGGUAUUGUUUUAAAAGAAAUCCAAUCAGAUUUUUUAUUAAGAAAGUAUAGUGUUAUUAUUGUAGAUGAGGCGCAUGAACGUAGUGUAACGGGUGAUAUAUUAGUGGGUCUUUUGUCACGAAUUCUUCCUUUACGAAAUGAUCUAUAUUUGGAAGAUCUUCAAAAACAUCAGGGAAAAGUGGAAAACACAACUAUAAAACCUCUUAAAUUAGUUAUUAUGUCUGCUACUAUGAGAGUUGGGGAUUUUAAGGAAAAUCGUCAACUUUUUCCAAUUUCACCUCCUUUAAUAAAUGUGGAAUCUCGUCGCUUUCCGGUAACUAAUCAUUUUACGAAAAAAACUGAACUACGAAAUUAUGUUGAUGAAACUUUUAAAAAGGUUUGUCAAAUUCAUAAGAAAUUACCUCCUGGAGGGAUUCUUGUUUUUCUUUCUACUCAACAGGAAAUUGAAGACCUUUGUGAGCGUCUUCGUAUUCAUUAUGCCAAAACUAAAAUUGAGUAUUAUGAGAAAAGUUACUCAAAACAUAGUAUGGUUGUUCAAAAACAAGAAGAAAAAGAUUCUUCAGAUUCAGAAACAGAAAAAGAAGAUAAAUCUGAUGAAAAGGAUGAAUUUGGUCUCACUAAUGAAGAUUAUUCACUAGAAAAAGGAGAUGAAAUUGGAGAUUUUUCGAUUUCAAGAAAACGAUCUCGAGAAACUUCAGAUAUGGAAGAAAAUAAUAAUAAUAAUAAUAAUAAAGAAGAAGAAGAAGAAAAUGAGAUAAAUGGUGAAUUGAAUACUUUGCAUAUUCUUCCACUUUAUGCUUUAAUGGAUUUUUCAAAACAACAAGAGGUUUUUCGUGAACCCCCUACAGGAAAACGUCUCUGUGUUAUAGCUACAAAUGUUGCUGAAACAUCUAUUACUAUUCCAAAUAUUCGUUAUGUGGUGGAUUCUGGUCGAGUAAAAACUAAAACGAUAGAUGAAUCAACUGGUGCAAGUUGUUUCCGUAUUGAAUGGACAAGUCAAGCAUCUGCAGAACAACGAAGUGGACGUGCAGGACGUGUUGGACCAGGACAUUGUUACCGAAUAUAUAGUACAGCUGUAUAUUCUAAUUUAAUGCCUAAACAUAGUUCUCCUGAAAUUUUAAGAACAUCUUUAGAAUCUGUAGUUUUAUUAAUGAAACAUUUAGGUAUUGAUAAUGUUGGAUCUUUCCCUUUUCCUUCACCACCAAAAGAGAAUGAUCUAAAGCGAGCAUUGUCACAUUUGACACUUAUUGGGGCUUUAGACUCUAAAGAAGAACGUCGUAUCACGACUUUGGGAAGACGUCUCAUUGCCUAUCCAAUUCCACCUCGAUUUUCGCGAGUUAUUGCCGAGGUGUUGGAUCAAAAAUUACCUGAUUCAAUUUUAUUAAUGGUUAUACUUAUUACAGCUGUCUAUUCAACAACUACUAAUAUAUUUACUGGUGAUGGAAAUCGUUUAAAGUGGAAGUCAAAGGAAGUUACUACUGAUGAUAUUGAUGAACGUCGAUCUUUAAUUCAUUCUCUUUUACACCCUGGUAGUGAUAUGCUUACUUGUUUAAAUGCAUUUGGUAUUUACUUGGAAAAUUCUAGUACUUUAAAUUGUAAUCGUUACUGUUUGGUACAAAAAAGUCUUUCUGAAGCUCGUCAGUUAUCUCAACAAUUGCAAUCAUUGGCAAGACAGAAUUCUGUAGUAGAACAAGUGGAGGAUAGUCUUGAGGCUAAUGAUGUAACUACAGGUUCGGUAGGAUGUUUAUUUACCAAAAAUGGUAAGCUUACAUUAUCGAAAGAGGAUGAAAUCACACUACGAAAAAUAUUUAUAUAUGGUCUUCCUGAUCAAGUAGCACGUCGUGCCACUAUUCAAGAAUGUCGUUACCAUGGGGUAGAGUAUAAAGACAAUAAGGCAACAAAAGCUCCAUAUAUUAUUUUGAGUUCCUCUAUGAUUGCAUAUAUUCAUCCCACAAGCUCUAUAGCUCGGACAUUUCCUCCUCCUGAAUUUGUCACAUUUGCCUUUUUACAAAGAUCUGUUCGAUCUGAAACAAAGGAUCCUGCUACGAUGAUGCUAGGACUAACUAUUGUAAUUAAAGAAUGGUUACAUGAAUGUGGUGUAACAGUCGAGUAA